UUCUCAAACGGUAUAGUCCCGUUAUACUCGGGAAGAGCCAGGACCUGUACAGUCCCGUUAUACUCGGGAAGAGCCAGGACCUGUACAGUCCCGUUAUAUUCGGUUAGAGCUAGGAGCGUUACAAUCCCGUUAUACUCGGGUAGAGCGAGGCGCUCCGAAUAGCGGUUUGAGGAAUGAGGCGGAAAAGGCGAGAAGAACAUGUACACAGGACUUCUCUAAACUCAAAUGCUUUGAUAUGGAAGAUGUGUUUGUUGCUGAGAUGGUGGAUUCCUGUACUAUUCCUGACAGAUCUCCCAUCAAGCUCAGCCAUCCAGGUCUCCGCUCAUGAAGACAGAAAGUAUGCCAUGCUGUUCCAGUCGGUGGUUCUGCCGUGUCAAUACUCCAGCAUGUCCACCCAGACGCCUGUGGUCCAAUGGUGGUACAAGUCUUACUGCCGCGACCGCACCCGCGACGCCUUCAGCUUCCCAGAGAGCCUGGGGGUAAGGGGGUCUGAGCUGGGCUCCUCGUCCCAUCUAGACUGCUCCGAUUCUAGCCGCACCGUCCGCGUGGUGGCCUCCGUCACCGGAUCCUCCAUUACCCUGGCCGAGCACUACAAGGGCAGAGAUAUUACUAUCAUCAACAAGGCUGACCUGCGUAUCGGGGAGCUCCAGUGGGGAGACAGUGGGGUGUACCUCUGUAAGGUGGUCAUCUCUGACGACCUCGAGGGCAGGAAUGAGGCCCCUGUGGAGCUUCUGGUGUUGGGUAAGACAGGUACAGGUCUGUCAGAUGAUCUCCUGCCUGACUUUGAUGUGAAGAUUAUGCCAGAAUGGGCCUUUGUGGGCUCGGUAGCCCUGGGUAUUAUCCUGUUCAUCUUGCUGUUUGGUGUGUGUUGGUGCCAGUGCUGUCCUCACUCCUGCUGCUGUUAUGUGUCCUGUUGGUGCUGUCCUGAGACCUGCUGCUGCCCACGACACUUGUACGAGGCAGGAAAGGGGUUGAGGAGCACGGCUUCGUCCCCCCAGAUCGCUGUCUAUCCACCCUACUACGUACCUGGGGUCCCGGCCAUGGUCCCCAUCGCUCCCCCCUCCCUGGUGGACACCAGGAUGAUGUCCGCUCCCCCCUCUCUGUCAGAGAACAGCGCAGCUGGAGUGCGGCCUGUGUACCGGCUGCAGUCCACUCUGGAUCAGUCCUCUCUGGAUCAGGACUCUCUGAAGGUGUUGCAGCACGUAGAGAAACAGCUGGCUCAUUUCCAUCCGGCCAAGCCCCAGAGCCACGACUCCUGCAGUAUGUCAGAGCUCAGUUCUCUCCAUGAGGUGGAUACAGGGGGGUUCCGUCAGUCUUACCGACAGGUACAGAAGAAGGCCCUGCCAGCCAUCCCUGACCACGACCGUGACCUUGAAGACAUCCCUGACCUCCAUCAUCCCUCGUCCUCCUCUCAGACCCGUCGCUCCACACGCUACCAGCACCGCCGCAACCGCAGCAUUGAGGAGGACCAUCAUCAUAAUAAUAACAGCAGGUGGAACCCUCGUUCGGAGCACCUGCAGCGUAAGGCCUUCCUCCUGGGUGGGAAGUCAGGCUCUCUGGAUGAGCUGGAGGAGUUUGCCCAGUGCUACAGACAGAGAGGCCCCAGGGAGCUCACCGUCAGGGACAUCAGAGACACCGACCAGGAGUACGAGAGACUGGAGCUGCGUGAACGAGAAGGUGACCGGGAUAGGGAUCGGGAAUACUAUCCGCCUUCUUACCGGGACAAGACGGCGAAACGUGGUUACAGUGACAACAGGGAUCGCGAUGACCGCGCAGAGACUUGGCGAGAACGAGAUCGCCAAGAGGAUUGUCAUGGGGAUCGUCAGGGAGACCGACAAUGCAGUUCGCCACCCUCGCCCAGGAAGAGACGGGGCACGUGGGACAACGAGCUGGAGCAGCGCCCCCCUAAACCCCCUGCCCCUCCUCCCCCUCCUCGCCAGAGCCCCCGGGGCCGGGACUAUGAUGACGAACUCCUGAGCACUCUUUUGGAGCGCAAGACCAGACGGGGUGGGGCCAGUGACAGUGGGGGUGAUAGGGGCAGGGGAGGGGGGCGCAGCGAAGAGGACACGCCCUCAGACACACCCUCUAAGGGUUCUAAGGGCUCUAAGAAGAGCAGCGGCAGUGGCGGCGAGCGUCACCAUAGCCGUUGGCCUAGCAACAGGGGGGUGGAGUUGGUAUUAGACUCACGGGGAGAAGACUCUCUACCCCCGUACUGCCAGACUGCGUUAGAGCGGUUCAGAGCCACUGAGCGCCCCUCCCCCUCCCCUCGCCCCUCCAAUGGAGGCUCCACCCAUAGCCACACCCAUACCCUACAGCAGGAGAGCGGAGAGGAGCGGGAUAAGCCCCGGAAAGUGGUAUGGAGGCUCACCUUUACAGAUAUACUGUGACUCAGAGCACUCUUCUUAGCAGAGACUCUCUCAUAGUUUGAUGCCUGAAGAGGACACAUACAGACACUGGGAAAGACACUGGGAAUCAUCCUCUACCCCCCCAUCACCCCACACUGGGGAUCAUCCUCUACCCCCCCAUCACCCCACACUGGGAAUCAUCCUCUACCCCCCAUCACCCCACACUGGGGAUCAUCCUCUACCCCCCCAUCACCCCACACUGGGGAUCAUCCUCUACCCCCCAUCACCCCACACUGGGAAUCAUCCUCUACCCCCUUCACUCCACACUGGGGAUCAUCCUCUACCCCCCCAUCACCCCACACUGGGAAUCAUCCUCUACCCCCCCAUCACCCCACACUGGGGAUCAUCCUCUACCCCCCCAUCACCCCACACUGGGGAUCAUCCUCUACCCCCGGUCACCCCACACUGGGAAUCAUCCUCUACCCCCAUCACCCCACACUGGUGAUCAUUCUCUACCCCCAUCACCCCACACUGGUGAUCAUUCUCUACCCCCUUCACCCCACACUGGGAAUCAUCCUCUACCCCCCAUCACCCCACACUGGGGAUCAUUCUCUACCCCCCAUCACCCCACACUGGGAAUCAUCCUCUACCCCCCAUCACCCCACACUGGGGAGGAGAGAGGUUCUCAGAGCACACUGGGCAAGCAGAGAACACCUUGGAGAGGUCCGUGACCUUGCAUCCAGCAGCAGAGGGAAUGGCUACCUCUGAGUGACAGGCAGUACAUCCACUGGACUGACCAUGGCACAGGACUUAGGAUAGUCUGAUCAGGCUUCAGAUACACAUCGAUCACCAUGACCUAAGAAGAAGAGUAAUGUUCAGAGCUGGGACAAAGACCUCUGGAUGCACAGGACAAAUAGCACUGUGUGUGUGUGUAUUGGUGGAUGUGUGUAUUGGUGUGUGUGUGUAUUGGUGGGUGUGUGUAUUGGUGUGUGUGUGUAUUGGUGGGUGUGUGAGACAAAGUAUGGUGCUUAUUCCUGUCUGCUCUUUUGUGUGUGAGAGUGAAUAGUUUCUCCAUCUCCCUGUCUUCUCCAUUCUAUUCUUCUCUCUCACUAACAACACACACUGAAUGACGAUGUCAUCCCGGAGUUUCUGUCACUGCCACCUCUACACAGUGCACGCUCUCUCUGUGAAGUCGCUGAAUGAUGAUGUCACUCGGGAGUUUCUGCCACUGCCUGCACCACCACCACCACCACCACUGCCCAGUCACGGUCGAAGGCCGGCGUUGAGACAACGUUUGGAUUCUGUUGUGUGAAUGGUGUGGAUCCCCCAUCCCAUUGUGUCUUUCAGUGCCAUUGUAAAGCACCUAUUGGCCUUGCUUGGCCUUGACUCUGUGGAUAGAGGACACAGUGUUUCUUAAUCAUCGUGUUUAAUGCAAUGACACAAUGUGGGUUAUACCCAGUACGUUUGGACUAGAGGGUACUACUAACAGAGCCAGUGAGAGAAACUGGAACUUUAGGGACGGCAGGUAGCCUAGUGGUUAAGAGCGUUGGGCCAGUAACCGAAAGGUCGGUGGUUCGAAUCCUCGAGCCGACUAGGUGAAAAGAAAUCUGUUGAUCUGCCCUUGAUCAAGGCACUUAACCCUGAUUGCUCCUGUAAGUCGCUCUGGAUAAGAGCGUCUGCUAAAUGACGGAAAUGUACUGGGUUGUGAUUAUGUGCCAUCUAUCCUUCGAAGACUGUAUUUGGUAUGUAAUAGUUUUAUACAUAGUUUAUCAACUCUGCCUGUCUCUGUCAUGUUGUGAUUACAAUGCAGUAAAUGAUUGUGCAAGUGUAACUGAAAGCGCUGUGUGUGUUUAAGAUAAGAUAACAAAGGUGUGUUUAGUUUUCUUAUCAAUGUUGUGUAAACCGCUAAACACACAACUUUAUCUCCACUCAUUAGCACAUACACACACACACACAUUUACUGACCUUCAUGCAAACAUACUGGCUGUCAACUUACCACAGCUUUCUCUUUCUUAUGCCUGCAAAACUUGUAGAAGGAUUCGUUACAAUUGUUCAUGUUUAGUGUUGUUUUUUCCACUUCUUUCAGUGUAUUUAUUGUUCAUUGCUUUUGUGAUUUUCUAUGUUAUUUUCUUUCUAUGCUUGUUCUCUGUCAUUGUGUUCCUGUGUUCCAUUUAUCUGUCUAUCAAUGAGACGUUGUUUCACUGAGUUUAAGUCAUAGGCGACAGGCAACAAUAGCUUUGUCUAUUUAUGAUCAUCACGUACUGACUGUUACUCUAAGAGAUCUGGUAAUCACACACACACACACACACACACACACACACACACACACACACAGUCUGAAAACAGACAGUAUCUUGGAAAGUGCAUGUUGGUGAACACUAAACACACACAAGCACUUUAGCUGUAUUUCUCCUUUAGGUUACUUUGUUAUAAUAACUUGUACCAUAACUGUUUUUUUUUGCAAUAACACUUACCAUCCAUUACAAACCAAUGCCUAAUAAACUAUUUAUUAUUUAACUCCAGAGAUGCAGUUUAACCACAGCAUUUACCUCAAACAUUGUUGACCAGACAGCUUCAAUCUCAUUCAAUAAAGUCUACUUAAUCUACACAUCUUCUCCACUGUCCUUCACUCAGUUUAUAAGGACCUUUUGUCACCCUUUAAGUGUUAUGUCUUUAUGGUAGUAAAGUAUGUCUUAUAAAUCAUUGUAGUAAAGUAUGUCUUAUAAACUGUGGUAUGUCUUAUAAACUAUUUGUGAAUCAACAAUGUAGUUCUUAUGAAGACUAUAUGAAUGCUGUAUAAAGUCUUAAUAAACGUGGGUCAGUUAA